AUGGGUUCGUUGAAGCUGUUCAUUAAGUCGGUCCGCAAGGCCAAAACAAUAGCGGACGAACGUACCGUUGUGCGUAAAGAAUCAGCCAGCAUUAGAACAUCUUUUCGAGACCCAAACUUGGAUCAGACAACGAGACGAAUAAACAUUUCCAAGUUGCUUUAUUUAUACAUUUUGGGCGAAAAGACCCAUUUUGGUCAAGUGGAAUGCCUCAAGUUGUUGGCUUCGCCGCGUUUUGCUGAUAAAAGACAAGGUUAUUUGGCGGUGAUGCUUCUAUUGGAUGAGAACCAGGAAGUCUUGACUCUCUUGACAAACUCCUUGGACAAUGAUAUGCAACACCCAAAUACUUUCAUAAAUGGAUUGGCGCUUACGUGUUUGGGGAACGUGGCGUCACCAGAGUUGGCCAGAGACUUGUAUAACGAUGUGGAGAAGAUUAUCAAAACGACGAAUUCGGCAUACUUGAAGAAGAAAGCUUGUAUGGUCGCUGCCAAAUUGAUCAGUAAAGAGCCUGACUUGGGUGAGGUGUUCAUGCCAAUUGUACAGCAAUUGCUGAACGAUAAGCUGUCGCAAUUUUUGCUUGGAGUUUGUCGUAUGAUACAAGAGGUAUACAUCCACUGCCCUGAUCAAAGACAAGUGGUACUCAAGUUGGUGCCUCGCUUGAUUGCCCAAUUGAAGAGAAUCAUCACCGCAGGCUUUAUGCCUGAUUAUGAUGUUUCUGGUGUAACGGAUCCAUUCUUGCAAGUCACCAUACUACAAACUCUUAGAGCGUUGGCCACUGACGAUGCAUGUCUGCCUGAUUACUUGGAGCAAAUGAAUGACAUAUUGACUCAGGUGGCCCUGAACGUCGGCUCGGGCAAAAAUGCCUCUCACGCAAUUUUGUACGAGUGUAUCAAGACGAUAUUCGCCAUCAAGUCAGAUCAAUCUCUAAGAGUCCUUGGUAUCAACUUGCUUGGCCAGUUUUUGCAACACAAGGAUAAUAAUGCUCGUUACGUGGCUCUUGAAAUGUUCCUAACAGUUAUAGACUAUGAGCCAUUGGCAGUACAAAGACACAGAGCGACAAUUGUCGGCUGUCUCCUGGAUGGUGAUAUCUCGAUUCGUCGUAGAGCUUUGGAGCUUGCAUUUGCUAUUCUUGACGAACAAAACAUUCGUGUAUUGAUUCGAGAGAUCUUGACCUUUUUGGAACAUUGCACAGAUAAUGAGUUGAAGCCCUAUAUUACCUCGCAGAUCACUAUCGCCUCAUCGAGAUACGCUCCAAACGAGAAAUGGUACUAUGACACCUUAAUUCGAAUGCUCAAGAUGUCUGGUAAUUACAUUACUUCCGAUAUCCUUUCCAAUAUAUUAGCGAUCAUGAUGAGAUGCGGAUCGGGGGAGUUAAGAAAGCAUGUCGUCUCCCGUCUUUUUCUGGCUGCCGUUGAGGACCCGCUGCAAUACAGUUUAGCCAUAGUUGCUGUUUGGUGUUUGGGUGAGUUUGCAGAUUCCAUUCUUGGCACGGAUGUUGAAGUCAAUGGAAAGCAAAUUGUAGCUUCAGAGCUGGCAAUCUUGAAUCUUAUUGAUGGCUACAUCAACAAUUCGAAUUUCACUGAGGCAGAGACAACUCAACUUGUUGUUUAUAUCCUAACGGCAGUGAUAAAACUUUCAGUGAGAUUCCAUGAUGCUCAAUCGCUUGAGCAGUUGAGACUUAUACUCAACUCACGAACUUAUGAUACCAAUCUUGAAAUACAAACUCGUGCCGUGGAAUAUCAGCAAAUAUUUGGUCAAAGCCCAAAAUUGAAGCAAGGCCUUUUGGCACACAUGCCUGCUCCGUCAAUCAAGGAUAGACAAUCGUUGAGUUUGCAUGGUGGAAGCAUCCUGACGAAGGUUCCUAAGACACUUGCACUGGGUGCCUCAUCUGAAAAGACUGCAGACCUCUUAGACCUAUUAGAUGACGUGCCGGCAGGAUCCUCGGAACAAAAACUGCAACCCAUCGCCGAGAGUGACCUUUUGCUGGAUAUCUUCGGUUCUACACCUUCAUCGCAGCCCACCAAAACUUCCGCAUCCAAUGGUCUUCUCGACUUGUACGAUACGGCAUCCACACAACCAGCGAACACCAACAUUACAAAACCAACUACCCGUACCUCAUCUGCAACAGAAGUAGAAGCGUUCAACGAUGGGCAUUUGAGGAUUGCGUUUGACAAGCAGUCCUUCCAAGAAGGGCAAGCAAACAUCGAUGCAAUUAUCACAUCAUCCAGUCCUAACAAAGUUGAUCAAGUUCAAUUGCUAUUUGCUGUGCCCAAGUCACAGAAAUUAAACAUCACUACCACAGCAGGAAGUGACUCUCUAGUCACGAGCAACGUCAUUCGCCAGGCAUUACGAAUCACCGGAAAGGCAGGGUCCAAGGUGAAGUUGAGAGUGAAAGUGAAGUACAGACUUGAUGGCACUCCUAGAGAGGAUCAGUUUGACUUUGCAGGUUUUACAGGCACGUUGUAG